AUGGCAUACUGGACAAACUUGCUAGCCGAGAUCCGCAUGAUGAUCCUCGGAAUAGUAGUAGAAGACUACAGAUUUGAGUCUGAUAGAUACGCCCGCGCCGGUUAUGCCUGUGUAUGUCAGGAAUGGCAGUCAGUCUUUGAACAGAGUAACUUUCGGCGAAUUAUCGUUGACCAAGAGCGCAUAGGAGACUUUGAAAAAAUUAUGGGAAAUGAGGCAACUAGAUAUAGGCAGGGUUAUCUAGAGCACUUGGUGCUUUGUAUCAAACUUGAUGAGUACGACUGCACUGCCUGCCAAUCGAAGGAGGAUGAUGAAACAAUUAGGAAUAACAAUAAUGUCUUUUUCAACUCUCCCUGGGAUUUGUUAUUUAUCCUGUCAAAGUGGGUUGGAUUCGUUGGGACUCGUCGCGAGAAGGGGCUGACAUUGGAACUUGGCGUCUAUUCUCCAAGUGAUUGUAAGCACACCUUCAGAGACUUCCAUCUCGAAGAAAACCACCCGUACCAAGAAUUUAAUGACAUGAAAUCAUAUGUCGAUGCGUACAAGCAGCGAAUUGACAGGCUUGACCUCGGCACCUUAAAUGACCCAUAUCAUGGAUGGGUUAACGGCCAUCAGGAAAGCCCAAGCUUAGGAUCAAAGCAGAGAUUCAUGGGGACAUUAACUGUCAACGAUAAUCUUCCUCAACUCUCUAUUUACUCCUACACGUUUCCUAAUGUCGAGAUAGUGACGGGCCUUCUCAUCCGCCGACAGUUCUAUUGGAAAAUUAAGGCCAAGUUUCUUGACAAGCUGCUCCGCGAGACAUUUACAUGCCUUAGAUGGUUUAAUCACGAACAAUUCCACUUUGAAAAGGACUACGAGAGGCUACUUUUACAUGGCAUCCCAAGCACUCUGCGCGAACUAGAUAUAUUUGAGAACUUCAACAAGGUUCUCCACCCAGCCCAGUUCAAACAGCUCACUAACCUAGAACAAUACACCAAGCGUGCGAAUCCUUCAUUGGGAAAAGCCCUCUCAAAGUCUAGUCGGCUCCUAACAAUGUUGUCUGCCGCCUUCAUUGUUGAUGCGGUGGACUUUUUCGCAAGCUUCAAGCCGACCAACAACCCAAAUUCGAACGUAUUUCCUGGGGAGAACCUGCAGUAUCUAGCUCUGACAUCACAGCUGCUGCAUCCAAGAAAGGCAGACCGACAUAUCAAUGGAGUGCUGAUAGCUGCUGGUCGGGCGGCUGCUUUCAUGCCCAAGCUCAGGGGUAUGGAGAUCUGGAAUGGUGGUGGGGGCCACGCCUGUGUCUUCCGAUAUAGAAACUACGACGGCAAAACUUAUAUUAGCUGGGAGUGCACUUGGGGUCCUAAGUUCAAGCUGGACCCUGACGUGAUAGACUGCUGGGCAAAUGUCCCGAGGCAGGGACAAUAUCCGCAUGGUAACUUUACAGUUACAGUUAAUAAGAAACUACUGAGGCACCGCGACACGAAGACAUAUGGAUCGAUAGUUCCUCUUCUGAAACAGCGUUCCUGGAUGCAGCAUUUCAUUUCUGAUUUCCAGAUGCUGUCAAGGAAGAUCCGUACUCAACAUCUACGUCACAGGCAUAACAUUGAAUAA